AUGCGUUUAGUUAUCCGAUUAUCUCUCUCUUCUGAUCACUUUCCUAUUUUCUUGCUCUCAUAUUUUUUUUUUUUCUAUCUAUCUAUCUAUCUAAUCUAUUCAUUCAUCUAUCUAUCUAUCUAUCUAUCUAUCUAUCUAUAUAUAUAUAUCUAUUCUAUCUAUUAUUCAUUCAUCUAUUCAUUCAUUCAUCUAUCUAUCUAUUCAUCUAUCUAUCUAUCUAUCUAUCUAUCUCAAUAUUUCUGUCAUAUCUAUCUUCUUUCUAUCUAUCUUCUAUAUGAUUAUCCAUUUAUCCAUUUAUUCAUCUAUUCAUUUAUCUAUAUCUAUCAUCUUUAUAUUUAUUUAUCCAUCUUCUAUCUAUCUAUCUAUUUUGGUUUACUUUUAUCCAUAUCAGAUAUCUAUCUUUUUUAUUUAUAUUUAUUUAUCUAUCUAUCUAUCUUCUAUCUGUCUUAUCUAUCUAUCUAUCUAUUUAUUUAUAUUUCUAUCUUAUCUAUCUAUUUAUCUAUCUAUCUAUCUAUCAUCAUCUAUCUAUCUAUCUAUCUAUUCAUCUAUUCAUCUAUAUCAUCUAUCUAUUCAUCUAUCUAUCUAUCAUCUAUCUAUCUAUCUAUCAUCUAUCUAUUCAUCUAUUCUAUUCAUUCAUUCAUCUAUUCAUUCAUCUAUCUAUCUAUUCAUUCAUUCAUCUAUCAAUAA